UCAUCUUUAAAAUCUAUAAGAGCGGAGAUGAAAGCUAUCAACAUAAGCCAACGACGCCGUUGUCAAAUAAAUUGCCAGCUAAGUAUGAUUCAUCGAGAUCAUGGACGCAUAUCAAAAAUUUAUCGAAAGGCAUUCAGUGAAGCUUGGAGUCCUAUUCUAUUGAUUUUUAUCAUGGUCAGCAUACCGUUGAAUAUCGCAAUUAUUUUAUUAUUGAGAUCAGGAGUUCUCAACACCUUUGAAUAUAUACCAGUUUCUAUCGGUAUUGUGGUACAUACGGUAAUAAUAAUGGUGUUGAUUGUUCCGAUGUGUUUCGAGGUCGAGACAUUGCAUCAAACUAAAAAAGACAUUUCAGGCAUCGUUCCUAACAUCAAACAGAUAAGAUUGAAGCUUAAAUACGAUGAUUGGUAUGGACGUCUACUUCAUGGGCCAAAAUUUGGCCCAGUAAUUUCUACGUAUGGAUCUUUAACAUAUAGAAUGGCCUUAGAGCUAUUAGGCAUGUAUAUUGCUUUCUGGCUAUUCGCUUUAACUCGACUGAAUAUCUGAAUGAAUUAAAUUCUUGAUGGUAUCGAUUCUAUCGAUAUCAAACAUGUUUUCUCCCAUUCCUCAUGUCAGGUUUCAAUAUGAGCCAG